UAAACAGAAGCAUGAUGCGAAACCUAUCAAUAAUAAUAAUAAUAAUAAUAAUAAUGAUAAUAAGAAGAACCCAAAAACACCAAUCAAUCAUGACAACUGAACUUAGAAAUUUAAAAUUUUCUCAGAUAUAGUCUGUUCUAGGUUGUCUUGGAAGCUAAAGCUCUGAUCUGGAAAUCACAGCACAAGUGGAGUUGAGUGUACUCUUUGCAAAUGGGAAAACCAAUGGGCUUCACUAUUUGUUGUGGUGUUUACGUCUGAUUCAGUACAAUCCAACAAUAAUGUAAUUCUCUCCUUCUAUGUGUUCAAAUAAAGGCAGUACAGCACUAUGUGUUCCAUAGACUUAUAACUAAUAAAUAGUUUACACCUGUUACUUUCAUUAUGUGGUUUUUGUGCAUGCCAGCCAUAUUGGAUCCUGAACAAGGAGCAACAUCCAAUGCUUGAGUACAAACAUAGUGCUUUGUCUUUGAACUACAAAGUUUCUGGGAUACUAGUAGAGAAUAACAGCAGCAAUGGUCGUCAAAGGAAUUGGAAUUUAGACCUGCAAAGUUAGAGGUCUAUUGACAGCCCCAACGUCUGUAUUUGGCAUGGCCACUGCGCAUAUGUUGUAUAGCCGCUACAUGCUCAUCCAGGAGGCGUGAAUGCUGCAAGUCACUGACGCGUUGCAACCUCCUGGGUUUCCUUAGAAAACCUUUUAACCAAUUUGAAUAAUAAACUUAAUCCAACUGCACUGUUUGAUAAUUACGAUCAAUUGGGAUGUAUGCACCCUUGAAAUCUAUAUGAUUGGAUUGAAAUGACUUUGUAAAGCGCCUUGAGACGACAUAUGUUGUGAAUUGGCACUAUAUAAAUAAACUGAAUUGAAUUGAAUAGUGAAAGGUGCCACUGAUAUCUCUUUGUGCCUUCACAAUGUCUUUUGCUAAUAAUAUACACAUUUAGUUGUUUUUUAUUUGCAAGCUUGUAUGGUAAUUUUUUUAAUUUGUGUUUCAACUUAGAAAUAAAAGUGGUAAGAAAAUAGUAUCUAAUGUUAUAGUACUAAAAUAACCUUCCAAACUAGAAUUGACAGCUUAGUGUGUCGAUGUUGGUUACCCGUUUGUUCUGGUGGAUUGCAAAAGCAGGUUUACAGCAUACAGGUUUGUUUGGCUGUGGCUUCAUUUCUGAGUUUUUUUUUUCCAUGACCCAUGCCUUACUGAGUUUUUAGAACGCAUUAUCAGUCCUAUAACUGCUUAUAUUAUUUCUUAUGAAACUUUACAGUUUUCCUCUUCAGUUACUGUUUAACUUUACCUGUAGGUUAUUCCAGCGAGGUUUGGCAAAACAAAUUUAAUUUAGAACAAGCAAAUUCACAUUUUAAUCAGAUGUUUCUUGGUAAAUGAAUAUUAUGUGGAAGGUCCAAACCUGUCUUGUGCACCCCUGGGUUGCCCUGUGAUAGACUGGAUGGAUGACCUUAUAUCUGAAAUAAAUGAUUUAGUUGUGCUUCAACGCCCUCUGCUGGCCAUGUAUUUUAAGAUUUUUAGCAUCCCAUUGGUGCGUUAGGACGAUGGACAUAAUCAUAAUAACUUCUGACACAAGCAAGAAAUGACAAAAAACAAUUACACGAAUUAAGGAUAAAUAAAGAUUGUGGCUCUCCAGUAAUAGAGAUUUUUUUUUUCAAAGCAAUGACAAUCUGGCUUUCGUGUACAAAUAUAAUGCGCCAUAAAAUAUUAAGCUGAAUGUUCAUAAUUGCAGCUCUCUAUCUAUAAAAACGUUUUAGGGAUCAAAUGUGUACAGUUAAGCCCAACGUCGAUCAUAUCCUUGGCAGACUGGGAUUAAACAUUAUAUUACUUUCAUUCAACAAAGUUUAUCUCUGAUAAGAAUUGAGACAGGUUUCUCACAAAAGCUAAUAAAACAAUGCAAACAACAUUUUGAAAAAAUAAUUCAGAUUAUUUUAUUUAGAACUUGCCAUGUUGAAAAUUAUGUUUACUGUUUUCAAUUUAUCUUUGGUGAUGAGCUCCAAGUAAUUGAGCUCGGAAGGCCUCCUUGACAUCACCCUAAUCUUUUCCUCUCUUCAUAGAUUAUAUAUAAGAUGCAAAGCUGGGCCACUCUAAAUGUUAAUACUAUGAAUAAUUGUGGACUUAACUAUAGCUACUAACUUUGCCCAGUUCGCGUCUCUCUGAACCAGUGGCACACACGGUGCUGUCAAAUACUAAUAUGUGACCAUGUCCGUUUGGUGUGUUAACGCAUGAAACGAAAAGAAAUAGAUUAUUCUAGACUUGUAUUACAAUCCCAGUAUUCUUCUUCAGCUCUCAGCUCGGAUGUGACGUCAUUGAUCGCUCCGAAUUCCGACACAAGUCGAACAAACCAUAGAAACUGUACCUAAAAUAAAAAAGAAACUCCUUUCUCCUGUUCCAUUAAUGCAACACGUGACACGAGGAAACAGCAGGAUGCAACAGGUUGCUGAAUUUCUUCCAGUGUAAGUCUAAAUAACAAGUUGAAAAAAAAUGAAAACACAGUUCAGCGGAAUUAUUUUCAGGAGCAAAGUUAAGACAGUCGAGAAAAAAACUGUGGUCUGUGUCGGAAUAAACACGGGCUUUCCUUCAGCACAUUGAUUGAUUGAAAGGAGAAAACACGAGAUUUCCCGUGACAGAAACUACCCAGGUGUUAAGUGUACCUAAAGCGGCUGGAACCGUCAGCAUCUGUUCCCAUAAAGUGCAGCGGUGCUUCGCCGCUCGCAGCCGCUCGCAGAGGGCCACCACGCGGGCCGAGCGUGGCGCUGCCGUGAUGCUGCCAGAAGGCGGGACUGUGGCUCCGCACUGCGACCUGUCGCUCGCACAGCUGGAAGGCGAUCCAGCUGCGUGCCGAUGGCCGAGCUCAGCUGCACGCCAACACACACCCACAGAAAGUCGCCUCCGAUCGCGUCAGCAUCACAUCGCUGUAUGUAGGGUUUUUACAUUUCUUAUGUGGGGGUAAUUAUUAGAAAAAACCAGCAGGGUAAAACAAGUGGGCUACCAACUCUGAGGAGCGAUUCGAGCGGAAAUCGUCUGAUGAGUUCUUUUGCAUUCCGAUCUGUUGCCGCCGCCUCUGAACGCAAAGUCCUUGAGCUCCCACUUGGUGGCUGAGCGGACCAGACUGUGAUGUAAGGCUGCUCAUCCCAGAGCUCACUCCACAACUGUUCCCACUGGAGGCUCUCGUCUUCGAGCAUGGGACCCUGCGAACUCUGAAGUGAGUACCACAGGAUUCCAACUACACUGGAGGAAGCGAGGUAAACACAGAGACGAAGGGAACCAUGGAGUCCAUAUUAUCAGAGCAGUCUGCCACAGUGGAUGAGUUGGUGGAAGCAUGCAUCCAAGCCUUCGAUGAGAAAGGCACUUUGAAGGAUGCUUCCUUGGUUCGCAUGUUCCUCAUGAUGCAUCCCUGGUACAUCCCUUCCACUGACAUGGCUAAGAAGCUUGUGCUGAAAUCUCAAGAGGAGAGCUGCAGUGAGGAACUUCGAACAAGAAUAUGCCACCUUGUCAAGUACUGGAUAUCUGAGUUCCCUGCUGAGUUCAAUCUGAACCCUGAGCUGGAGGAGCAGAUCAAAGACUUUAAAGACCUCCUGACCACUGAAGGCAACGAGAGGCAGAGUCAGCUCAUUGAUCUGGACAGUGUGCCAUCGUAUAAAUGGAAACGGCAGGUGACUCAGCGUGUCCCAUCUGUGUCUAAAAAGAGGAAAAUGUCCCUGCUGUUCGACCACCUUGAUUCAACUGAACUGGCAGAGCACCUGACCUUCCUGGAGUACAAAUCCUUCUGCAAGAUCCUGUUUCAGGACUACCACAGCUUCGUGAUGCACGGCUGCACGGUGGACAACCCCAUCCUGGAGCGCUUCAUCACGCUCUUUAACAGCGUUUCCCAGUGGAUCCAGCUUAUGGUGCUUAGCAAGCCCACCGCCCCACAGAGAGCAGCUGUCGUCGCCCAUUUCAUCAGGGUGGCACAGAAGCUGCUUCAGUUGCAGAACUUCAACACCCUGAUGGCGGUGGUGGGCGGCCUCAGCAACAGCUCCAUCUCCCGUCUCAAAGACACCCAGAGUCACAUCAGUGCUGAGACCAACAAGGUGUUUAACAACCUCAUUGAACUGGUGACGUCAUGUGGGAAUUACAGUCAGUAUCGCAAGCGCUUCUCCGAGUGCUCCGGCUUCCGAUUCCCCAUCCUCGGCGUGCACUUAAAAGAUCUGAUAGCUGUGCAUGUGGCACUGCCGGACUGGGCCGACAAGGAGAAGACACAGGUGAACCUGGCCAAAACCCAGCAGCUCUAUGCCAUCCUCCAAGAGCUGGCUCUGAUCCAGACCACGCCGCCGAGCAUCGACUCCAACACUGACCUGCUCAACUUGCUCACAGUAUCACUGGACCAGUACCACACUGAGGAGGAGAUCUACCAGAUGUCUUUACAAAGAGAACCCCGCAAGCCAGUUCAGAACUCCAGCCCUGCUACUGCGCCUGAACCUAAACCCAGUAUGAUUGAUGAGUGGUCUGUGUCCGUGAAGCCCAAUGCUGACCCCACGAUCAUUAAGAAACACAUAGAGAAGAUGGUGGAGAGUGUCUUCAAGAAUUUUGACACGGAUGGCGACGGCCACAUCUCUAGGGAUGAGUUUGAAGCAAUCAGGAACAAUUUCCCUUAUCUCAGCAAGUUUGGUGAACUGGACAAGAACCAAGAUGGGAAGAUCAGCAGAGAUGAGAUGAUCGACUACUUCUUGAAAGCCAGUUCCCUGCUAAACUGCAAGAUGGGCUUCAUCCAUACUUUCACAGAGACCACCUAUGUGAAGCCCACAUUCUGCGAGCAUUGUGCUGGCUUUAUAUGGGGCUUUUACAAACAAGGCUACAAGUGUAAAGCCUGCGGGGUGAACUGUCAUAAGUCCUGCCGAAGCCGCUUGGCUGUCGAGUGCAGGAAGAGGACGAAGAGCAUCAGCCACGAGACUCCACCAGCCCUCCAGGCCAGGUCCUACAGCUUCCCACCACCUGCCAAUUCUCCUCCCAGCCUGCAAGAUACAGUCAUAGCUGAAGAAGACAUUGAGACAGUCGAGGAGGGAGUAUUUGAUGUCCAUCUAUAACCAGGAGCCUUUAACUGAAGGGUGGCUUCAACGAACAGGCCAGUGACAGUCCUCAGCUUUCUGUAUCCCAAAAUCCCUGUCAAAGGUGGUGUGCAUGAAGCCAAGCUGGGGAACGUGCCACCGUUAGUUGUAAAACGCUCAACACUGGGGAACUUGCACUGAACACCAUCCAGGAAACCCGCACGCUGCCACAUGGUGGACUUACCCUGGAACAACACUCGUCUAAAUCUAAAUCAAUGAUGAAGUCCUAUGUCCGUGGAAUGUGUGUGUUGAUUCCGCCUGAAAAGGGGGUUUUAAUGUAUAGAGCUAUUGUAUGUUUAAACAAAAAGUAAUCCAUCAAAUUGUAUUUUCUCAGUAGAACUUUAAAGUUAGUCUAGUUUUCUGCAUUUUGAAGUUGAUGUCUACUCAUCUUCAGAACAUUAAAGAGGUGCUGUUACUGCCAAGAAUGUGAAGCUGCCACCCAGACUAAGCUAUUGUCUCCUUUUUAUCUGAGAGGCUCUGUUUUUGUUUUCUUUUAUGUUGUUUUUGAAAUAUAUAUUUGAGUGGAGACAUAACAAGGACCAAUUUUGAUGUCAGAUGAAAUAUUGUUGCUUUGUGGUUUACCGUCUGAAGCGUGGUGACAAAAGCAUCUGCACUGCAGACAAAAGAAACAGCAGAAAUAAGUGUGUAGACACCUAUAAUUAGAGUGAGAAGAGACACUGAACAUUGCUGUAUUUUUGUAAUGUUUCCCCCAGUAUCAGUAGCUGUCCUGUAGUGAACACCGUGCUGUUUUCACUAUACAGUGCUGUGAACCAAGCUGAGAUAAAGGAAUCCUGCUGUCAGAUGAAGAAUCCAUCUUUCCCAGCAAAUUCGUCGACAGCACAGAGCAGGAGACCGGCUUAUGUCCCACUGAUUCCCCCAUCAGUGGCUGAAUGAGCUCCAAUGUUUUCAGCCUGCUACUUUUUAAGGAAUCAAAGGAAGGAAGUUACACCGAAGUCGCCUAAUGAGGCUUUUUUAUUUGACGGCGGCCUGUAGAAAAUUAUUCCUGAGAAUCUGUUGUAAUGCAACGUUUUGCCUUUUUUAUGCUGCAUGCUGCCUCCAAACCUUUCCUCAGAAUAGAAGUUUCAACAUUUCUAACGUAGCACGCCAAAGUAGAGCGCCAUUACUCACAAAAUUCUUCAGCUUCUUUCUGCCUGUGGAGAGAUUAAUUCAGACUUGGAACUGCAUUUUACCAACUGUUUAGUCAUUGAAUGAAACUCCUUGUUUAUUUUUUGCUGCAUGAAUAGCUGAAGAAAAGUUGGGCCUUCAGUGUUGAUCCCCACCUAACAAUGUGUUUUUAUCAGAACCAUGUUAUGCUGUUUUGUGGUAGCUUCCAAAUGAUUCCUCAGUAUUAAGUGCAGCAGGUAUCUUUCAAAUAAGUGUUGUGAAAAUAUUUGUGAAUAAUAAGAAUGAUACUGGAAA